AGCGCGAGCGUGGGCGCUGUGCUUGGCGUGGCUCGCGUGGUUCGCGGCAGCCGCGCCGCGCGACUUGCGCGUGUUGCAGGCAGACGCGCGUGCGACCUUCUUCGUGGGCAUCGCCGCGCCGCCCUCGGCCGCCGCCGUCGUGCGCGCCUUCAACCGCUCGCUAGCAGAGAUCGCGCAGACAUAUCUCGCCGAAGAUUAUCCGCUCUACCUCCGCAAUAUAACCCUGCUGCCGCUUUACAUCGAACUUCCGGAAGAUGAAAAGUUCAGUGGUCGAGUCCUGGAGAGGACAUGCUCGGCGCUGGACGGGCGGCGCGUGGCGGUGCUGCUGGUGUGCGGCGGUGGCGACGCGAGCUCGGCUGUCGUGACAGCGGCCGCGCGCGCCGGCGUGCCAGUCAUGCGCACUUCUCCCUCGCAUCUGCAUCUCUCUUAUACAAUAGCUAACGAAAUGCUUCCUUUGGAGAUUCGACUUGAAAUUACAGCACGCGAGACUUUACACGCACUUAGGGCAACUCUACUACAUACACACUGGCAUAGUUUCACAUUACUUGCUGAAGAAAAUAUACAUUCAACUUUAUCUUUACGAAAAGAUCUUUCAUCUAUUCUAACCACACAACCGCUUAAUCCAAAAUGGCUGUCGCUUCCCUCAAAGUAUUCGCGUCAUGUUCUUUUCAGACGACUCGCAGAAAUUUCAAGGCUUACCCGAGGCGUCGUCGUGUUGAUAUGUGACAUCCAUUACGCUAAGCUCGUUACAGAUGAGGCUAAGCGUCUCAAUAUGCUUGACGGCCAUUUUUUCUGGCUGUGGAUUGACGCUUCAAAGGAUGUUGACAUCUUUGGUAACAUUAACAAUAAAACGCAAUAUAGUAGUGAUAAUAGUUCAAGUUUUGAAACCUGGAGAGAAAGCAAGGCUCUUGUAGAUGAACAUUUUGAACGCAGUAAACGAGAUGAUACAGACAAUAAUACGAUAAUGGAUUCGAAGGACAUGCAAGAGUGGGAAAGGAAUAUUGAUAAUUUUAAAAAUAUAGAUUCUGUUAAAGAAUAUGUAAAAAAUAGUUCAAUAAGCUCGGUUUUUCGUCGUAUAAGUAGGGAUAUAAAUAAAUCAGAAGCGCACAGUAUUAACAACAAAUUAUUAAGUAUGAAUAAUAGUAAAUCUUACGAUAGUACUCAUAGUGUUAGGGUGGAAAGUGUAAAUUAUUAUAAUGUAAAUAAAAAAGGCGUUGAAAGUUCUAAAAUCGAAAACAAUUCAAUUGUAAAGGAGUCAGUAUCCUUUUUUAAUAAAAGUAAUGGUAGAAGUAUUAGUUAUAGAGAAAUGAAAAAUGAAUCUUUUAAUAAGUAUGUAAAUAGCAUACACUUAGAUAAUUCGAGUGUAGAUAAAAACAUAUUAUUGGAACGAGAAACCACAAGUAGUAAUUAUAAAAAAAUAUAUGAUAAAGAUAAUUUAUUAUUAUCGAGUGAUAUUAGAGAUUUCUUAAUGAAUCCCACGGUGCAUACGUCUACAAUGCAUAAUCUAAGAGAUAAUAUUGAAAAAAGGACCGAUAGAUUUAUGACAAAAGGGCAUACAGAGAGCGUAAAAGAGGAUAUAAGAAAUAAUGUAACUGUGAUCUUCAAUAGUCUUCCUGUCGGACUAUUAGUGCUGCAUCCGCAACCUAUGAAAAUCGAUAUGACGUUUGUCCAAGCAGCAGUGCGUUUAGCAACAGGUGCUUUAAAACGGGUGUUGCACGCUUGUGACGCGUGGUCAGCACAGGCGCAAUUCUUCAGUGAUGCUACUGCUUCUUGUUGGGAAGAGACUAGUGACGUAGCCGCCGACUUUUCUGCAGAGUUCACAAGAGAAACAAGAAUAUCUACAGCUGCUGCCUUAGCGGGAAGUACCGAAGUGCCCGAAAAAGCUUUAAUGGCGACGUUUGCACUUUUGAACUUAGUACCCGGAGCUGAAGGAAGCAAUAUCUGGAGACAAGUUGGACGAGUAGAAGGUCGAACAGUUAAACUACAUACAAUAGUGUGGCCUGGUGGACGCCUUGUGGCACACGGCCAAUCGGAUGGUGCUCGAACAAUAUUCCGCAUAGUCACUGCAUUGGCUCCGCCUUUUGUCAUGGAAGGCGAACUUGAUGAAGAUGGCCAAUGUCUUAGAGGUCUUACGUGCCACCGUCCUCAAACCUCAGACCGAGAUAAUCUUACUCUUGCCUUCAAUGAAUUAGAAAGGGAAAGCGAUCAAGACGCAGAAGAUUUUUUCUUUCCAACCCCCAAACCUUCAUUUUCGAAAAUGGCCACGCAUUGUUGUUAUGGUUUAGCUAUGGACCUUCUGGAGAAUAUUGCGCAAGAACUGGAAUUUGAUUUUCACUUAUAUGUCGUUGAAGACGGUCUAUACGGAUCUCGGAAACUUAUAAAACCGUUUCGUAGAGUACACGACUAUAAAGGCUCACCUCAUGAUUACAUUCUAUUGAACGAACAAAGCUACCGGUCUCAAUAUCGGAAUGGUCAUAAAGUUUUAGAAGAGGGUGUUGAAAAUGAAUAUCCCUACGAGGUAGAUACAGACGAAGAUCUUGAAAAAUGGAAUGGUAUUGUUGGAGAUUUAGUUUCCGGAGCCGCCCAUAUGUCUUUUGCAGCACUUAGCGUGUCCGCGGCGAGGGCAGAAGUUAUUGAUUUCAGUCAACCGUAUUUUUUUAGCGGAGUGUCGAUAUUGGCUGCUCCGAAUCAAAGACCUGAUAUCCCUUUGCUUGCAUUUUUAUUACCAUUUUCCCCAGAAUUGUGGAUAGCUAUAUUUACUUCACUAAACGUAACAGCUAUAGCCGUGGCAAUUUAUGAGUGGUUGUCACCAUUUGGACUCAAUCCGUGGGGGCGACAAAGAUCAAAAAACUUUAGUAUAUCUAGUGCUCUAUGGGUUAUGUGGGGUUUGUUGUGCGGUCACCUGGUUGCAUUUAAGGCUCCUAAAAGUUGGCCUAAUAAGUUCCUCAUUAACGUUUGGGGUGGUUUUUCUGUGAUAUUUGUUGCCAGUUACACAGCCAAUAUCGCCGCACUUAUUGCAGGACUAUUUUUCCACAACGCUGUAGAUGAUUACCAAGGGCGUAGCAAUUGGCUUUCGCUUCGAGUGGGCACGGCAAGAUCGUCAGUGUCUGAAUAUUAUGUUCAGCGAAAUAAUCCACAGCUGGCGGAGCAAAUGCGUCGUUACGCCCUUCAAGACAUCGAGGAAGGUAUUCAGCGGCUCAGAAACGGAACUCUAGAUCUGCUAAUAGCUGACACGCCGGUCCUAGAUUAUUAUCGCGCUACUGAUCACGGUUGCAAACUACAACGUGUCGGAGAUCACGCUCUCGCUGAAGACACGUAUGCUAUCGGAAUGGCAAAAGGAUUUCCUUUGAAGGACAGCAUAUCAGCAGUUAUAGCUAAAUACUCGUCAAACGGGUAUAUGGAUAUUUUAACAGAAAAAUGGUAUGGAGGCCUGCCGUGUUUUAAACUCAGCCCAGAUUAUGGAAUACAACCAAAGCCGCUAGGUGUCGCUGCCGUGGCCGGGGUAUUUAUACUCCUCGGCGUUGGAAUGAUUGUUGGUUGUCUAAUAUUGAUCUUUGAACACUUGUUUUAUAAGUACACUCUACCAGUUCUGCGACAUCAACCCAAGGGAACAAUAUGGCGCAGUCGAAAUAUUAUGUUUUUUAGUCAGAAAUUGUAUCGGUUUAUAAACUGCGUGGAAUUGGUUUCUCCGCAUCACGCGGCGCGCGAGCUAGUCAAUACCAUCCGACAAGGCCACUUCACGUCACUAUUCCAGAAAAGCGUUAAAAGGAAGGAACACGAACAGCGUAGGCGGAGAAAAAGUAAAGCUCAAUUAUACGAAAUGAUACAAGCUAUCAGAAGGGUACAACAACGUGACCAUUCUUUGGGUUCUAUAAAGGAGCAAGAACCAGUCGAGACGUCAGAGGUUUCGGAAGAAUUAACAGAGUCGAAGUUUCUUUCACCAUCUCCCGAAAUGUCUAAUCGUUCACCACGGCAGGGCCGCUCACCUCGACAAAUCCGCUCUCCAAGAGGACGGAGAAAAAGAUGCAGCCUUGCCGGACUUAAUGUCAGGAGAUUUAGCACAGAUUCUGUACUUGGUUCAGAUUCAGUUUCCAAUAUUUACGAAAGAACUAGUCUUAAUAUAGGUAGGAGACUAAGUCGCGAUGUAAGUUGCCUUACUAGUUCCCCUCCUGAUAUAAACAGUCGCCUCCGAACACCGUCCCCUAUGGUCCGAAGAGCUGAAGGUUCCUCCACAAGAUCCUACCAAGAUGUAUCGUCAAGGUCCGAUAAUUAUGUUAGUACUGACGCGCCUACUUCCAGAGCGAGCGUUGAGAUUUUAGUUUCUGACGAGCAUGACAUCCCUCCUGCCCCACCAUAUCCAAGAGUAUCGCCAAUGGGAGCGCGAUCGGAAUUGUCCCUGUUAUCUGAAGAAGAGUUAAUAAGAUUGUGGCGAAGCUCAGAAAGAGAAGUUCGGGAAGCACUAUUAGCAGCGCUGCAAGAGAGACGAGCUAAUUUGGAUCCAAAGCAAGAUCCGGGAUGAAUGAAAACUUCUCACAGUCAUUUGGCAAGGAAUCGGUGUUUAGAGAAUCACUUUACAUUUCUCACUGCUGUUCGUCAAGAGAGCAAUAAGGAGAAUCGACACGAAUAUGCCUGUAGUGGUUGAGUUAGUGCCUUUUUAACAUUGUUUGAUGCGGACACGUUCUGCAGGCUAGAUAGUCAAUCAGUGUUCAUUUCAGUGUCUUUGUAUUAUUAUUACAUUCGUAAAGCUGCCUUACUCCCCAUUUAAUUGCUUUUUAAUGUUGUAUCUGCGUCAAACAAUUUAAAGAAUGGUACUUACUCAGUAAGUAUUAUUAAAUUUGGAGAUGUUUACGUCCAGCAUAUUGACUAGCUUUUAUUAGAAAUAAUGUAAAACUGUAGACACGAAUUGAUCUAUUAAUUGUAUUACAAAGAAUAUUAAAUAGCUAUGACCAGAAGAUUUAAAGUGCUUUAACUUAUAGUCUAGUUGGUGAUAGAUAUUUUCAUUCCAUGUACGAUAUUUCUAUUUGCGAAUAUUAUAUUCGUUAUGCGAAUAAAGUAGAAAUUAUAAAGUAUUAUUAUAAUAUAAAACAUUUUUAAAUAUCAGUUUGCAUCGAUGACAGUGUAGUAAAUAUUUGUGAAUUCCUAUUUCAAUUGAAUUACUCAAUUUAAUAAUAUUAUACAAAUAAAUUAAAAUAUUGACUAACUAAAUUUAAUGUUCCUAAUUUGCGUAGGUAUAUUUAUUGUCAAAUGAUGACAGAUUUCAAUGCGAUAGACACUUUAGUAGUCCUUUGAUUAUAAUUGAGUUGUAAAUGUAGUUUUGAUUUCACCUAUGUAGGAUGCAACUAUUUUAAUUGUUCAAAGGAAAUAUUCAUUAAAUUGUUUAACCUGGAUAUAAUUAUUUUUCCGAUAAAAAAUAAUAAAAAAAAAACGAUUUAUUAUAAAAUGUAUCAACGUAUGUAUACAAAAAAAAAAACAGCUAACGGUUUUAUAAUAUUAUAAAAAGUUCAACUUCUUCUCAAACAGAAUACAUAAAUUACAUUUUUCUACAACAAUGUUUUACGGGUUCCUGGCACGCAUAGAAUUGAUGUAACUUGUAAAAUAAGCAACGUUUGUAGAGAGGAUGAAAACAAUUUUUUGGUACUCUCAAUGACGCAGAACUGAUGGAUAUUGCUCUGCAAAAUAUAGUGGCGCUAGUCGCCCAGCUCGCCUUACAUUCGCUAUAGCACUAAAGUGCGUAUUUUACGCAACACGUCGGUCGAUGCAACACCGGUGAACUAUAUCCAGGCGCAUAACCUUCGCGUAUUGCGUAAAAAGUUCGCGAAAUUUAUAAAAUCGGAGCUACAAUAAGGUUAUAGUUAAAGGUCGAUUUCUUCGCGAGUACUUUAAAUGCAUUGUGUUUUUUGCUUAUAUUCUGGUCAUACAAUUCUGUUAAUACUCCUUAAGAAGAAGAUGUGGUACAUAUAAUUAGUGACCUAAUAUUUAAAAACAUGAUAUUGAUAAAACUGCCAAGCAUAUACUUUACAAGAAUAAGUAGGAUUUAAAACACUUCUUCUUAGAUUUGCACCCUAGUAGUCUUUAGUUUAGAUUUUUCUCUAUCUCUAUCUACUUACAUAAUGUAUUAUCUAUGUUAUAUAUUUAUACCUAAUCCUGCAAUUUCCUAACCUAACCUAAAUAGGGACUUAAUAACAAAUUGAUGAAACAAUAAGCAAUAUUUUAUACUAAUUCUCAAAAGUACCAUAGUUUACUUGCUAGCCUUACACACAUACGUGCUCUGCAAAAUAUGCAUUCUGCUACAUAUUUUUCAUCACUUUAACCCGAAACAUUGUUAUUAUUUAUGUUAUUAGUUCCCAAAAUUACCAAUGUAAUAUUUUUUUCUGUACGUAUUGAUUUAUUAUUUUCAAUAUUUGAAGCUUUGAUUCGCUACAAUAAAUAUUAUUCCAAUUUCGGACCAACUUUGUUUGUUAAAUAGGUUAAUAAAUUAUUAAUUAACAUGAUAAAUCUAUUGGAUGUGAGUCAUCUAGUGAUAUACGAAGUCUUAUGCAUUUCUCUUUCUAAUGUAAGUAUCUACAAAGUAAAAUAUAGUAUGAUAUCGAACAUAAGUAUGUAGUAUAAACUAUAGAUUCUAAUACCGUAAUAAAAAAUAUUAAAAAGUUUUAUUAAAUUUUAACAAAUUGAUCUUUACAAUAACCACGUUAUAAUGUUUGAUGCUAUAUUCGUAGUUAAAUUAUUUGUCCAACAAAUUUUAAAUAUUAAAAUAAAAUGAAACACAAGAAUAAUUCGUCUCGCCCCUUCCGUUAUCCAUAAAUUGAUCAUGGAUUUAUAAAACAAUACGCGUAAUUCUAUAUGUCCCGUAACUUAUAAUGAUUAACACGAUGACUUAUUAACAAGAAUGUCAAGCAUUUACAAUGAUUAAUCUACAAAUUUCAAGAAUACAUUACAAGUUCAUUACACUUAAUGAAGGAUAGUUUAAAUCGAUUGUGGCCUCGACGGCUACCAAUGUCGAAUGUAGACGCGAGGACUGCUUUCACUUAUCUGAAUUUGAAAGUGUUUAUUGCACCGAGAACAUUACCGAAAUCGCUACGUUGUUGCACAUGAGAAUAGAUCACGGAUUUCCUGUACAUACAUCAAACAUUACAUAAAGUGGCACUAAUAAAACUUGUGACUUUGAAUAUAUUUUAAUUAUUAAGGCUUUAACAAUUUAAUUCAAUUCCUAAUACAUUCAUACCUUGAGGUCCUGGCACAAAAUGAUUUCUUCGUUUGUGCUUAUAGCCUAACAUCGGAUUUUCGUGUCAAUCUCGGUUCAUUUACAAAGUAGGUUACAACAUUUAAAUUGCAAAUUCAACAUUUUCUUCGAUAUACGAAUUGGCAUAGAACUUAAGAGAUACAUACCUUAUACUAUAAAGUUUAUUUUAAAUUGAAUAAUGUUUAUAGUCCACAGAUUAGUGUUGCUAGCCAGUCGCGGUUCCAUUGAUUCUUUUAUAAAUUAUAACGAAACAAAUGUAUGAGACGCCAAUUUUAAUAUUAGAACGUUUGAUAGAGAAUAUAAGCGAUAUUUUUUCGGUAUGUAUAUAUUAUUGUACAUAAAUUUAUUAGAUAUUUGAAAUAAAUAAAGGUAAUUGAAAUUUUCUGGAAUAGAGUGAUGGGGCAGCCGUCUUAAAUCAAUCGAUUUUCUUCCUUGUGUAUUUUAUAAGUAUGUAAUAAUGUAUAGCUUAUUUAUAAAUAAUCUAAUUUUGUAUUACAGUAUGAGUACAUUAUGAUUGAUAGAAACGUAAAAUAUUGUUUUUUGUUUUGUAAUUCCGUAACCCACGGUUAUGUACUAACUCGUUAAACUGCAACUUUUUUAUAGGAUUUGAUUUGUACAAUAGCUGUCCUAUCUGUCGAUGAAAACGAUCAUAGUUGAAAAAUAAAUAUUUGUGCCAA